AUGACUGCGGCAGAUGCCGUCCCUGCUCCGGCUGCGCCGGGAGUUCGGAUGUACCGCAAGGAGAAGAGCAUCCCGCUGAAGAGCAGCAGCGCGGCGCUGUACAACAACCUCAGCGUGCUGCGCCUGCCCGGCAGGCAGCUCGCCUGCUUCAGCGCCGUGCACGGCCCCAGCCUGAGCGUGGUCAGCGCCGCCGCCGAUGGCCUGGGCUUCUCCCACCGGCAGCUGCAGGCGAAGGAGGGCGGGAUGGCCCUCAGCACCUCCGUCCUCACCCAGGCUGCUUGGUGCGUCCUGCCGUCACGGGUCCUGCUGGUGCUGACCUCUCAGAAAGGGAUCCAGAUGUACGAGUCCGAUGGCUCCAUCAUGGUUUAUUGGCACGCGCUGGACGUCACAGAGCAUCCUCCAGCACAAGCCGUGUUUGCUCGAGGGAUCGCUGCAGCUGGCGAACGCUUCAUCUGCGUGGGGACGUCCUCUGGGCUGGUGCUGGUGUUUGACAUCCCCCCCAAAGGGACGAACGUCACGGUGAGUGAGGUCCUGGAGCGGCACCACGACGCCAUCACCGACAUCGCUGCAGAGCUGGGGCGGGCUCCGGACGGGGCUGGUGACCUGGUGACCGCCGAUGACGCUGGCACCCUCUGCGUCUGGAGCACGGGAGAGGAGUUCACCCUGCUCAGCAAAAUCCCAGGUUUUGGCUGCACCUGCUCCUCCGUGAAGCUGUGGAACGGGAUCGUGGCUGCUGGCUACGGAAAUGGGCAAAUUCGGCUGUACGAGGCAGCGACGGGACUCCUGCGUGCUGAGGUCAACGCUCACGCUCGAUGGAUCUACGCCCUGGACCUGGCGCCGCAGACGGGAAAGCUGCUGUCGGGUGCGGAGGACUCCUUUGUUCACGUCUGGAAGCUCAGCAGGAACCUGGACACCGACGAUGUCGAGAUUGAGCACUGCCAUGCCGAGUGCGUCACCGACACCCAGGUCUGCGGUGCCCGCUUCUGCGACCCCGAGGGAAACUCCUUCGCCGUGACUGGCUACGACCUGAGCGAGAUCUUCCGCUACGGCCAGGCGUAGGCUGUAGGGUCCGUCCAGGGCAGCGUCUGGGCCACGCAGGGAGAGCUGGGCUACGUCAGCACUGCUGUUCGUCAGCACUGAGGCACCGUAAACAAAGGGGGUUCAGUACAGACCCCCCGAUUUCUGCUCCAUGGGGCCCGGGCAGUGGCGGCACAGGGCUGUGCCCCCACUGGGGUGGAAAUCUGUGUGAAGGUGGAGCUGAGCCAGGAUCCCCCUCGCUCCCAGAACAAACCUGCCCUCAGCGUGGCGUGUCCACGCACUGGGAACGUGGGCUCGGAGCUGCUCUGGCUACACGGGACCCUGAGCGGGUCCCUGGGCUGCGUGCUCACCUCCCACCUGCCCCCCCCAGCCCUUCCUGGAGGGAAGGAGGCAGUGUGGCUGGGAGCAGA